GGCGCGGGAAAAAGAAACGUCGCCAUGUUGACAAUUCUCAAUGAACUUGCCAAGCACCGUGACGAAGAGACCGGAACGUUCGACCUGGAUGCUUUUAAGAUUGUCUACGUCGCUCCCAUGAAGGCCCUUGUCCAAGAAAUGGUCGGAAACUUCACAGCCCGGCUGAAGGUCUUUGGAAUUAAAGUCGGCGAGCUUACUGGCGACUCCCAAAUGACCAAACAGCAGAUUGCA